CGUUUUUGUCCAACAACGAACGGAAGUGGAAGUUAUGAGGAGCGCUUAAAAAGUGAGUCACAAUUAAUUAGGGACCGUGUUGGAAUUUGCUGUGAUACUUAAGAAAAGCGACAAAAUGAGCCGGCGCGUUCGAUUGGUCCACCUGGACGAAGAAAGUGAUGAGGACAAUACCAUCAGAAGAUCCACGGCAGGCCCUCCGCGAUCGCACCCGACCGUCCCGACCGAUUUCAACAUCCCCGUUACGGAAGACUCGGAUCCGGCGUUCCGCACAGCGCUACCACCGAAGAAAGAGCCCUCGCAGUAUGAGAGCCUGGACUACGAUGUGUGCGAGAACGUUCUGUGGCGUCGCGAUCAGACGAAGAUCGAACCUAAGUUCACCGUACGGAAGGACUUUGCCCGCUGGGUCAUCUCGUUCCAGAUCGGUGUCUGUACCGCGCUGGUGGCAUGCUGCAUCAACAUCGUGAUCGAGGAGGUAUCGCGGAUCAAGUACGGCUUCCUGAAGCAGCAAGUCGAUCGUAAUGUGAUUCACGGCGAUCUAAGCAUUCCGUAUCUGUACUGGGCCCUCACGAAUCUCAUACCGGUCGUCAUCGGUUCGACGUUGGUAGCUUACGUAGAGCCGGUUGCGGCCGGCAGUGGCAUACCGCAGGUGAAAUGUUAUUUGAAUGGCGUAAAAGUGCCACGCAUCGUGCGCAUCAAAACGCUAGCCGUGAAGGCAGUCGGUGUGGCCACCUCGGUGAUUGGUGGGCUGGCCGGUGGUAAGGAAGGACCGAUGAUCCACAGUGGAGCGGUGAUUGCCGCAGGAAUCUCCCAGGGCAAGAGUACCACGUUCCGGCGCGAUCUAAAGGUGCUGCAGUACUUCCGAGAUGAUCAUGAGAAGCGCGAUUUCGUCGUUGGUGGUGCGGCGGCCGGUGUCGCGGCCGCUUUCGGUGCACCGAUCGGUGGUACACUGUUCUCGCUGGAGGAAGCCGCGAGCUUUUGGAAUCAGGCCUUGAUCUGGCGUACGUUCUUCGCCUCGAUCAUCAGCUCGUUUACGCUCAACAUCAUCCUGUCGGCUUACCAUGGGCUCAGUAGCUUCCGCUAUCGUGGUCUGUUCAAUCUGGGAGAGUUUGAACCGCUACCGUUCGACUACUUCGAGCUGCCGAUCUUUAUGCUGAUGGGUGUGGUCGGUGGGUGCUCUGGGGCGCUCUGGAAUGCGGUGAACCGUCGGUUGAACAUGUUCCGAGCGCACGCCAUUCGUCCACGCUGGGCCAAAGUGCUGGAGGCGGCAUUUGUAGCGGUGAUCGGAGCUACAUUCGCCUGCCUUAUGGCGUACUCGAUCAACGAUUGUCGUCCGCUCGGUAACGAUCCGACCGAGCAUCCGGUGCAGCUCUUUUGUCAGGACAACGAGUACAAUGCGGCGGCUGCGCUGUGGUUCCAGACACCGGAAGCAACGGUUAAGGCGCUGUUCCACGAUCCACCCGGAUCGCACCAGCUGCUCACACUGAUCGUGUUUGUAGCCAUCUAUUAUCCGCUUUCGUGCGUAACGUACGGGUUAAGCGUGUCGCUCGGUAUAUUUAUUCCCACCCUGCUUAUCGGUGCCGCCUGGGGACGCCUGACCGGUACACUCAUCAUCAUGGGUUUCCCCGCAUCGAGCACCUUCGUAUCGCCGGGGAAGUACGCGCUAAUAGGUGCUGCAGCACAGCUCGGUGGCGUCGUACGGAUGACUCUUAGCCUGAGCGUCAUCAUUCUGGAAACGACGGGCAACAUCGGCUUCAUACUGCCCAUCAUACUGACGCUUAUGGCAGCGAAAUGGUCCGGCGAUUACUUCAAUGAAGGCAUCUACGAUUCGCAGAUCCGGAUGUCGCGCGUACCGAUGCUUCCGUGGCAUGUCGAGCCCGAGUUCCAGCAGCUAUCAGCUCGCAGCAUCAUGGCGCAGCCCGUGGUGUGCGUACGUGUCGAGGAGAAGGUUCAGUAUCUGUUGGAUAUUCUGAAGAACACGACCCACAAUGGAUUCCCCGUGGUCGAGGAUGGAGAUGAUGGAUCACGUGUUAAUGGUCGGGUGAUCGGGUUGAUCUUACGAUCGCAGCUGGUUGUGAUAUUGAAGCGCAGCUUCUACCAAGAAUCUUCUCGCUUCUGGGAAUCCACCGUUAGCAUCGAAGCGUUCCGCGACGAAUAUCCACGCUAUCCAGCCGUUGGGGAUCUUCAUGUGAGCGAGGACAAGCUGAGUGGCGAUUUUACGGUGAACAUGAGCAUCUUUAUGAACCCAUCGCCGUACAGCGUAGAAGAGGGCACCUCGGUACCGCGCCUGUUUCAGCUGUUCCGUGCCCUCGGGUUGCGCCACUUGAUCGUGGUUUCGUCCGAGAACCGUGUGUGCGGCAUAAUAACGCGGAAGGAUUUCCUCAAGCACCUCUAAAGUGCCGAAUAGCAGCCCUAGGCCAAAGAAAGAUAUUUUUUGGAUUUUUAAGGCCAUGAACUCCAAUUUUUUUUAUGGAUUUAAGAUACUUAAAGUAAGAUUGUCCGUUACAUGUCUCUAAUAUACCUGUUCCAUACUGGAACGAAUCGAA